UACUCUCUUGUUUUGGUGAGAAGAUUUCGUACUCACUGCGUUUACGUAACAGCGUCGUCUGCAGAUUCUAGGCUCCAUGCAUGAUUUCAGAGUAUUAUGAGGCCAAAAAAGCAUCCACUGGUUUCGAAAGGGACUGCGUCUCCAUGAUAAUCCAGCACUUUUGGCAGCAUGCCAAGAUGCCACAGAACUGUAUCCAGUGUUCUUUCUUGAUCCAUACUUUGCAAAGAGCAGCAAUUAUCGUGUUGGUGUUAAUAGGUGGCGCUUCUUACUGCAGUCACUCAAGGACCUUGAUGCCAGUCUCCGAAAGCUCAAUUCCAGACUCUUUGUUGUUCGUGGAGAUCCCAAAACAAUGAUGCCAGAGCUUUUCAAGGACUGGAAGAUUACAACAUUAACCUUUGAAAUUGACACUGAGCCUUAUGCCAUGCAACGAGAUGAUGCCAUUGAAAAACUUGCAAAAUCUUGCAAUGUUAAUGUGAUUAAGCGUGUGUCACACACACUUUAUGACACUGAAAAAACAAUAUCAAAAAAUGGUGGUUCUCCACCACUGACUUACCAACGGCUGCAGACAGUUUUGAAAGAGAUGGGUGCCCCUCCCAAACCUUCAAACACCUUGACAUCUUCUCAUUUAUCUGUCCAUGUCUGUUUAGAUUGUACCACUCCAUGGAAAGAAGAGUUUGAUGAGAAGUAUGGGGUGCCUACUCUAGCAGAGCUGGGAAAAAAUGAAGAAGACUGUGGUCCACUGUUGUUUCCUGGCGGAGAGAUGGAAGCCUUAUCCAGAAUGGAGAGGUAUUUAAAAAAAACGAACUGGAUCUGUAAGUUUGAAAAGCCACAGACAGAACCUAACAGUCUUGAACCAAGCACAACAGUGCUUAGUCCCUAUAUCAAAUUUGGCUGCCUGUCUGUACGUACAUUUUACUACAGGCUUCUCGACAUUUACAACCUGAACAAGGUAUAUACUAAGCCUCCUGUUUCAUUGCACGGACAGCUUUUGUGGCGAGAAUUUUUUUAUACUGCUGGUGUGGGGACUGCUAAUUUCAAUCGUAUGGAAGGCAAUCCUGUAUGCACACAGGUACCCUGGGAUUCCAAUCCAGAAUACCUAGCUGCGUGGAGUGAGGCUCGCACUGGCUAUCCUUUCAUUGAUGCGAUUAUGACUCAACUACGAACAGAGGGCUGGAUACAUCAUCUUGCCAGACAUGCCGUUGCCUGCUUUCUAACCAGAGGGGAUCUUUGGUUAUCAUGGGAGGAAGGGCAAAAGGUAUUUGAGGAACUGCUGCUUGAUGCUGAUUGGUAUUUAAAUGCUGGAAACUGGUUGUGGCUGUCUGCCAGUGCCUUCUUCCACCAAUACUUUCGGGUCUACAGUCCUGUUGCAUUUGGCAAAAAGACUGACAAGAAUGGAGAUUACAUCAAGAAGUAUGUGCCAAAACUACGCAAGUUCCCUGCACAGUAUAUCUAUGAGCCUUGGAAGGCCCCAAAGUCUGUACAAGCAGCAGCUGGAUGCAUUAUAGGACAGGAUUAUCCCAAGCCAGUGGUAGACCAUGACACUAUUAGCAAGGUCAACAUUAAAAGGAUGGCUGCUGCAUAUGCAAAACGUAAAGAAGGACAAGAUUUCAGUGGAAAGUCUGCUAGUCCGCAAAAAAGAAGAAAAGAGUCAACUGACAGCAGCAGCAAGAAGAAACCCAAGAAGGAUGAUUAAAAUGAAAAGGUUAAAUCCAUGCAGACAUGACAAGAUGUCAACAAACCUUGCUGAAAACCCAAGGCAACCGGAUAAAAAUGUGGUUAAUUUCUUCUAUUUUUUCCAGUGGAUAAACGAUAGCAUUGCUGUAUGCAUAGCAUGGUGAUGAAUUCAGUUUAGUUCUCAUGAAAGUCACGAUGCCUUAAGGCGCACAUGUGAACAUUCCGAUCGGACAGAAAGACGUGGAAAUGUUUUCCUCUCAGGUGGUAGUUAUUCCUUUUGAACCCAUGAUAUUCAAUUUUCCACCCAAAAUGAAGAUCUAGCUUAGCUUUUUUUGUGCUUUUUAACCCUUUACAUGCAUGCAGUAGUCUUUAUUCACUACUAUUUUACAUAAAUAUAAACAACGUUGAAUGUA